GUUACCUUUCGUUUUCAGUUAACACUUCAGAUAACGAUGCAGUUGUUCAGUAUUUUCCACUCAAUCCUAAUUGUUUGCUUCGUUCUUUUAAUUGAUGGGACGCACUCGAAACUGAAUCUUAGAUAUGCGAUUCUGAGGCAAAAGCAGGCAGCCAAGUCACAAAAUGACACUUUGGCGUAUCAACAGAGAAUCAAGUACGAUGCCCAGAAGACCAUGAAGGUGGUGUUCUACAAGAACAACACCAAAACCAUGGAAACUUCGGCCUACGACGAUGCCUACGAUCUCAGUGGGUCAGGGUGCUCGCCCGCGGACAAGUUCGCCAUAGUUCUGCAUGGCUGGAUUCAAAGUUGUUCGGACGCGUGGGCGCUGUCACUUAUUGAAAGGCUCAGUUAUUACCGCGGCGGAUGCGUAAUUUGCAUAGACUACAGUGUGGUGGCCAGCUCCUCGUACAUGUGGCUGUACACAUACUUUGACGUCCUCACCGGAGCCAUAUCCUCCAUUAUCCUAACGCUGUUUAGGCAGGGAUUCGACCCAAAGAGAGGCUACAUGUUUGGCUUCAGCUUCGGCGGACAACUGGCUUCGGCAGUGGGCAGAUCCUUACGGCCACACCACAUAAUCGAAAGCAUAGACACGUGUGACAUGGCCGGACCCGGGUUCGAUCCCAUUGCAGUUGACCACUCCAAGGCUGGCAAGCAUGUGCAGUGCUUCCACUCGAGCCGCGACAAGGGCACCUUCGUCUACUCCUGCCACCGGAACAUAAUGCUAGGCAGCUGCGGCCUCAAGCAGCCUUCGGUGGCCAGCCAACUUCACCUGGGCAGCCAUGGCCUCUGCGUCGACAUAUAUAUCAACACGUUCGACUAUCCCUUCUACGCGCUGAACUCCACGCCGCCGGAAUGCUUCACCUGGCAAAAGGCGGCCAGGAUACCAGAUGGCUACACUGUGGGCUACGAGGAAAACUUCGACAGCCAGAUCACGGGGCAAAUCUUUGUGCCCACCAGCUUGCACUACCCCUACAACUUGUCCAAAAAACAGCUAAAGUUGCUGGCUAAAGGUGGUGCAUAACA